UUCCUUCUUUUUUUCUUUUAAAUUUUUAUGUUAUGGGUUUGCUGUUAAUCUUGUUGUAAUCUUGUUGUCAAAUUUGAAAUGUUAAAUUUUGGGGCUUUUUACGAGUGGGUGAUGCUGGAAAUGGAAAAUGAAAUGUGUGAAGUUAAAUUAAGACUGGUCUAUAUGUUGGUGUUUCAAGAUUUGACUUUUUUUAAUCAAAACAGUUUGACACCCAUACCCUUCCAUGGUCAAGUACUUAAGAUCACCUACCUUUUUCCUUUAUCUGAGAUUCCGUGUAUUUGUUUAAACAAUUCCAUUUCGGAAGUGAAGUGUAGAAAUGAUUUUCAAUGAGUAUAUAUUGGCCUUCAUAUUGAACUCAUAAGCUGGAUGAUUCACUCUGGUUGGAGACUCUAGUCGGUCUAGAUGUUUCUACAAUUAUGGCGAUAGCAGUUAUGCAUGGACAAGGGGUGAAAGAAGAAAAUUUUCCUGUCUCUUGUUGCCCAUAAAUUAUUGAAUUAUCAAUAAGAUUUGAGCUGAAUUGAAGGAAACAUUGGCUUGACACACACUAUAUUCUUGUCUUGAUCCUUCCAAUGGCACUCACUGCAAGCAAGGUUACAAGCAAUCCUGUAGCGAAUAAGAUGACAACUCUUCCUAAAUCACAUGGAAUUUCUUUUGCCAAGUCAAUACAACAAAAUAAAUUACAUUUCACAAGUCAAGGAGGAGAACCAAGGCAACUAAGCUAUGGAUGUCUAUCAAGUGGAAAAAAAACCUUUCUCAAUGAUGUUUUGUGGCACACCUGCCGAAAACCUAUUAGUUUAACUGCCUUCCGGGGCUCUUCAGUUUUAUGUAUGUCAACAGGAACUCAAAAUACUGAAACAGAAGAAUGUCAUUAUGAUGAUUGUGCUGAAACAACUAGUGCACAAAAUGGAGACGGGGAAGAUGAGUACCCAGUCUUGCCAGAGAUUAUUGGCUCCACUAAGGGCUUAGCAGAAGCUUGUAGAUUUGUUUACAAUGAUGCAAAGUAUGUAAAUGAAAGGGCUCGCAAUGACAUGGUCCUGCUUUCUCGUGGCAUAAUGAGGUUGGAUGCCCGGGCCCGGCAAGAUGUAGCCAUACUUGGGACGGAGUUUCUUAAACUUGAUGCUCGGGCAAGAAAAGAUACUGAAAGAAUUGAUCGCAAGGUGAAGAAGAAAGCUGAGGGCCUGCAUCAUAUUGCUACUAUCUUGAGAGACAAAGCUGAGUCUAGAUUGAAAAGAGCUGCUGAUAAGCAUUGGAGUAAUGGAGCCUUAGAGGCUGAUUUACGCCGUGCUGAUUUCCGUGCCAAACAACGUGCAAUGGAAGAUGCUCUAAUGGCUUUAGAGUUUGUGAAAAAUAUCCAUGAUAUGAUGGUCAGCAAAAUGUACAAAUUUCCUCUGCGUAGGGAAAACGGUUCUCUUUCUCAAAGUGACCUCAUGGUCCGUAUAAAGAUUGAAAAAAAUGGUAGAACUGUUGAUUACUUUCCUGGGGAAGUUUCUACAGAUCGCAUCACUGCUAUUCAGGAAGCUUACUGGAGUAUGGCAUCUGCACUUUCUGAAGCUGAUGGAAUUGACUAUACCAAUCCCGAAGAGCUUGAGCUGUUGAUUGCGACUCUUAUAGAUCUCGAUGCGAUGGAUGGUAAAAGUAGUGUCUCGUUAUUGGCAGAGUGUUCAAGUUCUCCUGAUGUCAAUACUAGAAAAGCAUUAGCUAAUGCGUUGGCUGCUGCACCAUCCAUGUGGACUCUAGGUAAUGCAGGCAUGGGAGCAUUACAGAGACUUGCAGAAGAUAGAAACCCUGCAAUUGCUGCUGCAGCAUCCAAGACAAUCUAUGAACUGAAGAAACAAUGGGAGAUAGAGGAAGGAGACAGCUGGAGGUUUAUGAUGAACCCAGACACCAUUGAAGAAGGAAGUCAAGAAGAAUCCAACAAUGAUACAGAUACAAAAUGAGAAGUAUUUCAAUGCUUCUGCUGUAAAUAUCCAGAUGAAGGGCGUCAUUAGUCAUAGGAUACACCUGCUAAUCACAAGAAGGUAAGUAAUAGAUGUAAAAGGAAGUGCUGUAUUUUUGUCUAAUAUCUACUUUUCGUUAAAUUUAUUCUGUAGGAUCUUCACACUGAGUUGUCCAAUUCAGGUUGCCAAGUCCAAUUCUUUACUGAUUGUACAACAACAAACGUUUGGCUUCAUAUGCGCACUCCGCGCAUGGAGCAUCCUAAACUGGAAAAUAUUUGGUUACUCCAAUUUAUAAGGAAAAUGUAUCUAUCCUUUUAAAUGUUGAAAAACUGAUCAACCUCAAUGAGGUCAAACAUAGUUAGAUCUCCUGUCAAAGACCAAAUGCAAUAGGCGUUGAGGCUUUUGUUCAUAUUGGCAAGACAAA